CUUCAGGCAUUUAUGUAUGUUGAACGCAUGGUUGUAUUUGAAUGUUCAUCGUGUAAUGUAAAACUGUUCAGGAUUUUGUGAAGGAACAUAAUGCCAAUUGGUGAAGAAAUACAUUUUCCUCGUGGGAGCUCUACCAAGUUUGUUGGUCGUACAAUACCUUUAAGAAAGCAGGAUGAAGACUUAUUCAAAGUUGGUAAAGAAACAAAAAAAUCAAAGAAGAAACUAGCCAAGAAGAAAAAGAAAGAAGAGAAGAAGAAAAGGGAAACAGAAAAUGAAAAUAUAGUUGUAAUAGAACCACUUUCACUGAAGACCCUGCAAAGUGACAUUGUGGUUUUAGGAUGUAUCCAGGUGGUGUUUGAUUAUGAGAUGCUAGUGAAUUUGCCUGGAGGAUUAAAAGGAGUAGUUCCAAUCACAAAUGUAUCAGAUCCAUUCACCAGACUUGCGGAGGAAUAUGCUGCAAAUCCUGAAAGUACUGAAGAGAUGGUGCUGGCUUUGAAAUCCAUGUUUGUUCCUGGGCAGACUCUACCUUGUCGAGUUAUGGAAGUCUUGGCGGCCACAGAAACUUCAAAAACGAAAAUAACCCUUUCAGUAAACCCUAGAGACGUGAACUUUGACCUAAGUGUUGGAAGUUUAAGACAUGAGAUGGUGGUUAAUGUAGCUGUGGAAAGUGUUGAAGAUCAUGGCUAUGUGAUGGACUUGGGAAUCAAAGGGAUAAGUGCAUUUCUCAGUCACAAGGCAGCAGCAAGUUUUGUACAGUCACGUAAUUAUGGAAAUCCACUCUCUGUUGGACAGCUGAUUCCUUGCAUUGUGGAUAUGCCCGAGUUAAGGUCUAGUGAGUUAUUGGAACAACGGACCAUAAAUCUCACAGCCAAACCUAAAAUUACAGAAUCAGCACAUAUUAGCGAUUCUACCAUUCUAACUCUCCAGAGUAUAUUACCAGGAAUAUCCAUCAAAGUGACUGUGACAAAGGUUCUUGAAGAGGGACUGGUAGUUAAGCUCAAUAAUAGUUACGAUGGAGCUAUUUAUAAGCUUCACAUGAAAGAUGUGUGGGAGUUGCCUAAGAAAUACGAGGUUGGUCAGGAGGUAACUGGUACAGUGCUCUACAUUCAUCCUGUAACACGUGUUGUGUACCUAAGUCUUCUUCCUAAGCCAAACCCACAAACCUUUCAAACUAGGUUUAGAAAGCUACAUGUUGGGACACUUAUAGAAGAGGCUAAAGUUAUGAGUGUGGAAAAGUCAGUGGUCUACUUCAAACUUGAAGAUAAUGUUAAGGGAUUAGCUUAUAAAUCUGAACUGUCAGAUUCCGAGAUCGAAAAUGUAAAGGAUUCAUUCCUGGUUGGAUCAGUUCACAGAUGUCGAGUUAUGGCCUUAGACUACUUAGAUGGAGUUGUGAAACUAUCACUGAAAAGAUCAGUCCUUGAGCGUAAAUAUAUCACAAAUGAGGAGCUGAUACCAGGAGCUGUCUUUGAGGGAACUGUUGAGAGACACGUGCAUUUAGGAAUGUUGGUGAGAUUGUCGUCAAACAUUCGAGGCUUUGUCAGAGACCUUCAUAUUUCAGAUGUACCUGUCCAACACCCCGAAAAGAUGUUUCCUCCUGAAAGUAAAGUCACUUGCCAGGUACUAUGUGCUGAUACAACUGGAUAUUCACCAAGGCUGUGGCUCACUUGUAAGAAGGCCCUGAUAUCAACCAAACUUCCCAUACUUUCUAAAUAUGAGGAUGCGUACCCAGACUUGAUUGUUGAGGGGACUGUGGUUUUGGCAACUGAAAAGGGGCUUCUUGUUAGUUUCUACAAUGAUAUCAAGGGUUGGGUUCCUGCAAGAGAACUGAGUGAAACAUGGAUUGAGUUUGCUGAUAAAGUCUUUUACGUUGGCCAGGUUGUGAGGUGUCGUGUUCUGUCUUAUUCAUUUGAUGAACAGAGACUCACAUUGUCUCUCAGGUUACAAGAAAGGAAGCCCUUCGGAAUACGAGAUAUGUCUGUUCCUAAUGUGUUUGAAAUGGGAAAGCUAGUUGAUGUUAAGGUAAAGGCUAAAACGGAGAAGGGUUUGGAUGUUCAGAUUGUUUCCACCACAAAGAGAGCCUUUCUGCCAGUCUAUCAUUUGUCUGACCACCCCAAGCUUUGUCAACUUCUUCUGGAAUGUUACAAAGUUGGAGAAAAGAUAACAGAUGUACUUUGUUUUGGAAGAAAAGGAUUGGCUAUUGUGAGUAAAAAACCUUUGUUAGUGAAUGGGGUUAAAGAAGAUAGUCUAACCUGUAAAUUUGAAGACUUUGAGCCUGAAAAAAUUUAUUUUGGAGUUGUGAACCAAUUUUCAUCAUUUGGAAUGUUUGUUGAUUUUCCUGGAGAUGUUCGUGGGCUGGUACCAUUAAGGCAUAUGACCAAUGAACGGAUUGCUGAUCCUGAGUCUUCAGGAUUCUGUUGUCAUCAGACUGUUACAGCCAAGGUUAUACUCAUUGAUUCUGAGAAACAUCAGAUGGACCUUAGCACUCGGCUUUCUGACUGCUUCUUUAAUGAUCCAGAACCUAGUGUCACCAUUUUGGAGAAUUAUUUAAAUGACUGGGAAAAAAUAAAAAAUAACUGUGAAGAAACUGGAGGUAUGAAGGCUGAAAUAGCCAACGUUAAACCUGGUACUGUCAGAGAUGUCACAGUCUUCCAGGUUACAGAGUUUGGAGUGUUGUGUAAACUGCACACUGAUCUCUAUGGAUUUGCUACUAAGAGCCAGUUGGAUGGAAAACACUGGGAAGUAGGGGACAAAGCUGAGGCUGUCGUGCUUCAUGCAGAUUUUGUGAAUAGCGUUAUUGAAAUAUCAUUGUCACAUUCUCUGGUAAAACACUUCAAAAAUGUCAGUGUUUCUGAAAGUAGCAAGGUAAAAAUUGGACAAGUUAUCAAAUGUCAAGCACAGCUAGUUAAAGAAGAUUUUGUUCUAGUUUCACUGCUUGGACAUGCUAUAGGUUCUCUUGCAUACAUUCCUACUCGAAGACAUGUAAACGACAUAAGAGGAAGACAAGAGUUAUACACUAUGGGAGAAUAUUACCAUAUAGUCAUCAAAAGGAUUUUGGGAGAAUACACUAUUGGAGUGUUGAAACAGCACGAUAAACAAGUUCACUGUAUGAAACCAAUGGUUUCUGAACACACUACAGAUAACAAGCGAAAGACAUUAGAUGAGGAAAAAACAAUUGCUAAGAAAAUCAAAGUGGAAGAAGCAAGUACAACAGAAGAAGCAGAACUGAAAGACGAGAAGACCAGAACUUGUCUGGAUGCUGAUGAUAAAUUUCUUGCAGAUUAUCAAAACCUCAGCAUUGGUGGGAUAUAUCCUGCUAAAGUCCAAGCUGUUAAAAAGUUCCAAUUAAAUAUUUUGAUCAACGACAAACACUCGGGCAGGGUUCAUAUCACGGAGAUAGCUGACAAUUUAGUUGAGGGUACAAAUCCACUGGAACAGUUUAAAGUUGGAGAUCAGCUGAAUGUAAAGAUUAUUGGCUAUCAUAUAGUAAAGCCUCGUAGGUUUCUGCCCAUCACACGUCAGCGAGGUGUACAUGUUCCUGAGUGUUCUCUUCGUGCUGUGAAUUCAAACUCUACUCAUUCUGUAAACAAUAUGUUUGCUAUUGGACAAGAAGUGACAGGUUUUGUGAAGGAGUUUACCAACUCCUGUUUAUGGCUGUUACUUAGUCCUCAUGUUUGUGGAAAAGUAUUCAUUCUAAACCUGUCCAACAAUCCCAAAGUAUUACGUGACAUUCCAGAUCAGUUUCUCCCUGGUCAAGCUUUUAAAGCCAUUGUAGUCAACUCUGAAGAUGAUCAUAUUGAAGUAGUUAAAUUAGGGCUUCAUAAACCUGACAUUGGUCAGGUUGUUAUGGGUCAAGUUGUUAGUGCUCGAGCCAUUAUGGGAGUAUUGGUGAGGUUACCAUAUCGCUAUCGGGGAGUUGUGGAGUUGACAAACCUUCGUGAUGACUACAGGCCAGCCUCUUCUGUUCUUAGUAGCUUUCUAUCUCAGAAGUUUAUACGUUGUUAUGUUCUUGGGGUUGAUCAUGAAACGAAGCAAUGCCAGUUAUCUGCUCGAGCAUCCAGACUGAAGAAGGUGGAGGUUAUUGUUGAUCCUGAAGUGAAGUCAAUUUCUGAUCUCAGCGAAGGUCAGGUUUUGAGAGGUUUUGUGACAUCAGUGACGAAGAGAGGUGUUACACUUGCUCUAGGAACGGGAGUAAGAGGAACAAUUCCUAAAAAAUACUUCCCUAAAAAUCUUAAUAUAGACUUGAAAGCAUUUCUACCAUUAGGGUCAGUUUUGAAGGUAAAAGUAAUUACAAUCAGUGAAAUGGAAAACGUUGUGUUAUCGUAUGUUGACAGCUUUACAGCUAGUAGCACUAAAACUGAGCCAUUUGGUGAUAAAAUAGUUAUUGGUGAGUCACAGAAUGAAAGAACUGUUGAUGUAGGAAGUGAACACAUUGGCUCAGAAUAUUUGGACAAGAAAGAGAAAAGUCAGCCAGCUGCUGCUAAAAGAAAGAAAACAAGAAAGCUUGUAAAAACGGUAGUCCCAGAUCAAGUAAGAACAACACGAGAUGAGACACUCGGAGAUCACCAAGACAAUGGUACAAUGCAAAGACUACAAGUAUCGGAAGGUUUUGUCUGGGAUGUAGAAGGUCCUAUUAACCUCUCUUCCCUAAUUGCAAAAAGUACUGUAAUUUCUAGUAGUGACAGUGAUGAGGAAGAAGAAAAAAGAAGUAAGGAGAAGGAAAACAAAAAACAGAAACGGGAAGAGGAACAGAAAGAAGAAGAAGAACUUUUUAAGACAGAACGUAUGUUGAUGAAUGAAGAAAGAGAACCAGACACAGUGGAAGAUUUUGAUCGACUCGUGCUAUCCUCACCAAACAGUUCCAUUGUUUGGCUGAGAUACAUGGCCUUCCAUUUGCAACAAGCAGAAAUUGAUAAAGCUCGGGCUGUUGCAGAAAAUGCAUUAAAAACAAUUUCUUUUAGAGAAGAGCAGGAGAAGCUAAAUGUGUGGGCUGGUUUCUUGAAUCUUGAAAAUCUCUAUGGGACACAAGAGUCAUUAAUGGCAGUUUUUCAGAGAGCAUUGCAGCAGAAUGAACCCAUCAGAGUCUUCAACCAUCUUGUCAACAUAUAUAUGAAUUCUAACAAAACAGAGGAAGUGGAACAACUUUAUAACACAAUGGUAAAAAGGUUCCGUCAAAAUAAAGAAACAUGGAUCAACUUUGGUACAUUCUACAUGAAAACUGGACGUCCAGAAUCAGCUCGCAAGUUGAUGCAACGCAGUCUAAAGAGCUUAGACAAAAGAGAUCAUGUGGAUGUCAUCUCCAAGUUUGGCCAAAUGGAAUUCAAGUUUGGUGAUGCAGAGCGGGGAUGCACCUUGUUUGAAAACAUUUUAACCAAUUACACUAAACGUACAGAUCUGUGGUCAGUGUAUAUAGAUUUGAUGAUAAAACAAGGAGAUAAGGAAGCUGUGCGGCACAUAUUUGAAAGAGUAAUAUCCUUAAAGCUGUCAGCAAAGAAGAUGAAAUUCUUCUUCAAACGAUACCUAGAGUUUGAAAAACAGUAUGGAUCAGAAGAGAUGGUAAAUCAAGUCAAACAAAAAGCCCUUGAUUAUGUAGAAUCACUAUAAUAAUUACUUAAGGUUUAUUUCAUUAACUCUUUCCAUCAGUAAGCCUAUCAUAUGAACUAACAUUAAAAUAUUAUUGUUUAUACCAGCUAUAGUGUUAAAAAGGCUUUAAGUCAUCAAGGGUGUACCAGAAGUUGGCAAUAUUUUCUGUGGUUUUGUAUGCCAAAAGAAGAAUCUGUGGCAGUUGCAUAUCUAAUGUGAAAAUAUAUGUUGUUGAAUAAUUGUAUGUGUAUUGUAAUGAGGGUGUUGAAUGAGUAAUUUUGUAAUAAACUGUAAUGUUAUUGAAUCUAUUGCA